AAAAGGUUCUUUAUUAAAAAUCCCUCCCCUUUAUUAUUCUUUUCACUCUUUCUUUUUCUCUUUCUACUUCUGGUUUUUUCCUCCAUUGCAGACCAAGAUUUCUGCAUUCAAAAGGGUUUCUUUCUUUCUAUUUCUCUCUCAUCCCCUAAGACAAGAACCCACCAACGAUUACUCCAGUGACUAAAAAAAAAAAUUUGUUUCUGUCACAAAAUAUCUGCAUUAUUCUGACUCUUCAAAUUUCAGAUUACAAUUUUUUUUUUAUUUUUUUUAUUUACUGUUUUUCUGAUUCAAAAAUUCCAUAUUCUGAGAUUGGAAUUUUGUCUACAACAACCAACAUUUACAUUUUUUUUUUCUGAUUUGCUUCCCAAAAUCUUCUUGGCCCACCUUUGGGCAAGGUUAGAAGAACUCAUACUUGGAAAGUACUCUUCUGCAAAUUUAUUUUAGCCACAACAAUUAUCUACUUCUUAUUAUGACCCUUGUUUUGGCUUCUCUUGAACUUCCUUAGAUUGUGUUUUGCUAAGUGUAUUAGAAAAGAAGAAGAAGAUCUAGGGUUUAGAUCACUGGCACUGCUGGUGGUGAUGGAUUAAUUUUUCGAUGAUUUUGAUUAUAUGAAAGAUCUCAAUCAGUUCUAGUUGGCAUUAUUUGCCCCCCUUCAUACUGGCGAAAUAGAAAUGUCAUCCGGGGAUUCUCUAAAUACUGAAUUAUCAAAGAAGACAUUGUUCUUCGGUCUGAAACUUUGGGUUUUGAUUGGUAUCUGUGUUGGAGCAUUUAUAAUAUUAGUACUAUCAAUUUUGUCUAUAUGGGUAUCUGGAAAGAAAUCUAGGAGCAGGAGGAAAGUUGACAAGUUUUCCCUGUCCCAAAUACCUUACACUUCAAAGGAAAUUAAAAUUGAUAAAGUUGGUACCCAGAAUUACCAAAGUCAUGAAAGAGUUCUUGUCACAGUUCAUGAAAACACCUCUGACAAGAAUACAGAGAAGAUGUCAGUGCAUUUGGCUCGGAGUAAAUCGAGCGAUGCUGAUGCUAUGAGCCAGUGCAGUUCCUCUUAUCAGCAUGAUAGAGCUUGCAGUUCUCAGUCAGGGGAAGAGGGAAACUCUGCCACGUUUCAAAAGCAACCAUCUUAUAAACAUAAUCUUGUUUCUGCAUCUCCUUUGAUUGGACUUCCUGAAGCUGCACAUCUUGGAUGGGGUCACUGGUUUACUCUUAGGGAUCUUGAACUUGCUACAAAUCAUUUUUCAAAAGAACACAUACUUGGGGAGGGUGGCUAUGGAGUUGUUUAUAAGGGGCUUUUGAUGAAUGGCACUAAAGUUGCAGUUAAAAAACUCCUCAACAACCUGGGACAGGCAGAGAAGGAAUUUAGAGUGGAAGUUGAAGCUAUAGGCCAUGUCCGACAUAAAAAUUUGGUACGGCUCUUGGGUUAUUGUGUAGAAGGAAUUCAUAGGAUGCUGGUUUAUGAAUACGUAAACAAUGGCAAUUUAGAACAGUGGCUUCACGGCGCGAUGCGCCAACAUGGGUCACUUAGUUGGGAAGCCCGAAUGAAGGUCAUCCUGUGUACUGCUAAAGCACUUGCUUAUCUGCAUGAGGCAAUAGAACCAAAAGUCAUUCACCGAGACAUAAAAUCAAGUAAUAUCUUGAUUGAUGAUGAAUUUAAUGCGAAGAUCUCAGAUUUCGGUUUGGCCAAGCUUUUAGAUUCUGGAGAAAGCCACAUGGCAACCAGAGUCAUGGGAACGUUUGGGUAUGUUGCCCCUGAAUAUGCAAAUACUGGCAUGUUGAAUGAAAAGAUAGAUGUUUACAGUUUUGGUGUCCUUCUGUUAGAAGCAGUUACUGGUAGGGAUCCAGUGGACUAUGGGCGACCAAGCGAUGAGAUUAAUCUUGUUGAGUGGCUUAAAGUGAUGGUUGGGACUAGGAGAGCAGAAGAAGUUGUUGAUCCAAAUCUUGAAGCUGUUAGACCCACUACAAGGGCUCUCAAGCGUGCCCUUCUAGUUGCUCUAAGAUGUGUAGAUCCUGAUCCUGACAAGAGACCAGAAAUGAGUCAGGUUGUUCGAAUGCUUGAAGCCGAUGACUACCCAUUUCAUGAGGAUAGAAAAAACAGGAAAAGUCGGUCUGCAAGCAUGGACUCAAAUAUGUGACUCACUCUACUCUGGUUAAGAAGACACGGAGACAACGUAGCGGCAUAAAAUUAGUGAGUCCCAAUGUAAAAAAGCUACAACACUAUGACCCGAGGAAUUAAGCUUGACCCAAGCACAUUCCUAUCUUAAGAUCCAAAUACAGUAUGAAGAUUGACCAAGGAGAAUCACCCUUCUGAAAGAAAAUCCAUGUUGAGCAGAUGAACUAGGCUUUUGGAAAGAAAAAUUUCAUUCUUGCUUAUUAGAUGGAAAAUUCAGGGAGGAUGAACAGAGAUUUGAUGUGCAUUGCAGUCAUGCUCAUGCUAUGACACAUUUACAACCAAAACAGCUAAAACUUAUGAAGAAAGGGUGAAAGUUGUUGACUUAUUGUACAUAAUGUUUAUUCUUAUUUUCUUCGUUAUGAGCGUUUGUUGUUUUAAAUAUGUUCUGAUAAAGGUCGUAACUGACAC